CCUCGGUCUUUCCGCUGCUCGCCCGCUGCUCGCUGCAAUGUCGUCAUCGAUGCCGGCUGAGCGCCCGUCGUGCGCCAACUUCGGCUCCGGCCCGUGUGCCAAGCGGCCGGGCUGGAGCCUCGAGGGCUCCGUAGGGGAUGCGGCGCUCGGCCGCAGCCACCGCUCGUCCAUCGGAAAGGCCAAGCUGCUCGCCUGCUGUGAGGAGACCAAGGCGGUCCUCGGCCUGCCGGACGAUUACCUCGUCGGCAUCGUCCCCGCCUCGGACACGGGCGCGGUCGAGAUGGUCAUGUGGAGCAUGCUCGGCCCACGGCCAGUGGACAUCUGCUUCUGGGAGACGUUUGGCAAGACGUGGUACGACGAUGCGGUAAACCAGCUCGGGCUGAGCGACGUGCGCGAGAUCUCGGCCCCGUUCGGCUCGCUCCCAGACCUCUCGCAGACGGACGCGUCGCACGACAUCGUCUUCACCUUCAACGGCACCACUGGCGGCGCCAAGGUGCCCAGCCUCGACUGGAUCUCGGACGAGCGCGAGGGGCUGACGAUCUGCGACGCAACCUCGGCGAUCUUCGGGAUGGACAUGACGCCGUGGCACAAGCUCGACGUCGUCACCUACUCGUGGCAAAAGGUGCUCGGAGGGGAGGGCGCGCAUGGCGUGCUCAUCCUGGGGCCGCGGGCGGUGCAGCGGCUCGAGUCCUUCCAGCCGAAGCGCGCGCUGCCAAAGAUCUUCCGCAUGACCAAGGGCGGCAAGCUCAUCAAGGGCAUCUUUCAGGGCGAGACGAUCAACACGCCGUCGAUGCUCUGCGUCGAGGACUACCUCGACUCGCUCCGGUGGGCGCGCGGCCUCGGCGGGCUCGACGCUGUCGUGGCCAAGUCGGUUGCAAACUUCGGCGUCCUCGCCGCCUUUGUCGAGGCGGAGCCAUGGAUCGACUUCCUCUGCACCGUGCCCGAGCACCGCUCAAACACCUCGGUGUGCCUCGUGCUCAAGGAGCCGGCGGGCGGCGCGAUGGCCAAGGGGAAGGUGGACGCGCUGCGCAAGCUGCUCGAGGAGGAGCGUGUGGCGUACGACAUCGGCGCCUACCGCGACGCGCCGGCCGGGCUGCGCAUUUGGUGCGGCGCGACGGUCGAACAGGACGACCUCCGCGUCCUCACCCUCUGGCUCAAGUGGGCGUAUCAGCAGGUGCAGGCGGCGCAAUAAGUGGCGUGGCGGGAGCCCCUCCGCGUUUGCUCCAGUGCCGCCGCCUCAGGGUCCACCUCUGUGUUUAUCUCGAUUACGCUUUAUCCGC